AUGAAGAUUAUUUGGGUCUUUCUCGUUGCUCUCGCCCUGUUUUCCCGUCGCGGUGGAUCAAUAGUUUGUUACUACUGCCCGGAUGAAACACUGAGCUCAGAGUGUACAGAGCAGAGGAACUGCUCGAGCAGCAGUAAUGUAUGCAAGACGACCGUACUGAGCCCAGAUGUAGGUUUCCCAUUUCAAGGGAACGAGGUUGUGAUCCGCGGCUGCUCCUCAUCUACGAGCUGUAUUGCCGACGAUCCGGACUCACUUGGAGAUUCCAAAAUUAUAUUCUGCUGCAACACCGACCUCUGUAAUAACCGAGGAAUCAACGCUACAAUUCCCGACGGAGCCGCGCACAUCAGUGUGGCCACAGGAGCGAUCCUAUUGGGGAUUUCAGUACUACUUAUGAUCACAUGGCUAUGA